AUGAGGUCAAGUUUGGACAACCCCGACUCUGACAACGACGGUUCUUAUCACGAAGAAGUAGACGAGUCCUCAGUCAACGAAAAAGAUGACAAGUCGUUAGUCGACGAAGAAGAUGGCGAGUCCUUAGUCAACGAAGAAGACUUCAUCAACGAAGCGGACAAAGCAUUACAUUCAGAUUCAGGAGACUCGGAAGUUUGCCCUCAGACUCUUCAGCCUCAAUUCUACUCUAAGGAAUCAAAAUCAAAAACAACCAUAACAACAAAUGUUAAGCCUGAGACUCGUGGUGUUAAAGGCCAGAAGAAAACUUUUGCUCUACCACUCGACCGCCAGUCCUUCCAAACCUCCAUCCAUGAAGAGGCUACCGUUGACGACAAAGGCUAUCCCCUGCUUCCGAACGGAGACACUGUCUAUGUAAAGCAAGAAGAUCAGGAUGCUCCCACGAACUGGGGAACAUUUGCAUUUGCAUACACGACUUCUGGUGACGGUAAAGACAAAGCAAAGCGCAAGAAACGUCCAACCGACUGGCAAACAAAGAGAAAAGGUUUUGUAUCUCGACCUCAGAUCUGUAAAGCAGCACGGUGCCAUGGUGUCCUCUCCUACAUCCCAUGCCACAACACUUUGUGUCGCAUGGACGAGCAUACCAGCGGCUGGGGUAUAAUCCGACACUCGGGCAUACAUGAUCACCAAUGGCCUCGGCGUUCAAAGCCUGAAAAAUUGUCACUGGACAAGUUUGGCAAGAGAGUAAUUGCCAAUCCUGAAAUGGGACCAUUACGACACAAGGUCGGACGAGCUCCAGCAGGGCAAAAGAAUAUUGACCCGGCUUCUAACAUCCAUCCUGCAUUUGGUCACCUUCAUCGCACCGGUUACUAUCGCCGUAGGAUUCUUGUCACGUCUGGUGUAAUUCCUGAAGCAAAAGUUCCUGGAGCCGGUGAUAGCUUUGUAAUGGACAUGUGUCAUUGGGGCGAGCACGGAUUAUUAGAAAGAUCCAGCUCCUUUAAGCCACGAGAUGCCCACAUGACGUUCCAAACUGAAUGGAUGACACAGCAACUUUUGUCUCGAGAUGAGGACAAAAAUGUCUACAGUGGUGGCCUGCUCUCUGACGUCACAUAUAAAUUUUUUCUCAACAGUUAUCUGCUGUCAACCUCUAUGUACCACGAGGACCUUCGCCGAUGGAUUCCCAUUCAAUUCACCUGGUUGAAAGGGCUCACCGAAGAGCAUUAUGCUUCUCAUUUCAAGACUCUCAUGAAACAAAUCAAAGAAGCCGACAUGACUCAAAUAGAAUGUGAUACACUGGUCCGUCAGGUCGUGGAUUUCUCGGCGGCACAGAAGAAUGGUUUUAUCAUUGCUUAUAUGGAUGUUUUCAAAGAGACGGAUCGUGCUGUUGCACUUGACAAACUUAAAGGAUGUGAAGAACAUUUUAGAGCUCAAGUUACCCGGGUGAAGAGGAAUCGUAACAUCAUACCUGUUGAUGAUGAGGGCGCAUUCGACAAACAGGCACGAGAACUUAUGAAGCAAGAUAAGCCAGGUGGAAUGAACUUUGAUCAGAAGAUUGCUCAGAUGCGCAAAGACUUUCCUAAGGCUAAGCGAUGGCUGGAAUGGUGGACAGCUGCGGAUAUCAAGUCAAUGCUUUUUAAAUCAAGGACCAAGCGGAUUGACGAUGAUGGCCUUUGCGACGACAUGCCGGCCACGACCAAUGCACAGGAGUCUCUCCAUCGUGUUUAUUACAUGAUCACGGAAACUGUACAAUAG